AGAGGAGCGUGAAAUGAAACUGAAACCUCCAUGACAGGGAAGAGGAGAGCUACCUCUCAUCUCUCUUCCUUCCUUCUUCCUCCCAUUCCCAUUCCCAUUCCAUUUCCAUGGCCUUAUAAUUAAGAUUUCUGUCUCUCUGUCUCUCUAGCACACGGGCGCAUAGUCAGAAUCGUCAGAUAUAUAAAUCAUUCAUUCUCUCUCUCUCUCUCUCUUUCUCUAUCUGUGUGUCUGUGGGACCAUCUUUACUGUUCCUUCCUGUAAAGGGGAGCUGCAGAGCGAGCAGAAACCAGAGAGAGAAGCAAGUGGGUAGCUCAAAAAGCUAAGCUUUUUGGCUUGGUAGCUCGGAGUCCAUCAUCAUGGGCUGUUGCAGCUCGGCCUUCUUGAAACCGGAGCCCAACCCCGACGAGAAAGACGGCUCGACAGCCGCCGGUGGUCGCCUCUCCCAGCCGUCUAAUGGGUCGGCCGAUGCCGCUGGGGGUGCCACGGCCUUCUCGGAGUUCUCGCUGGCCGACCUCAGGGCCGCCACCGACAACUUCAGCUCCGACCACAUAGUGUCGGAGAGCGGAGAGAAAGCCCCCAACGUCGUCUACAAGGGCCGCCUCCAGAGCAGCUGCCGCUGGAUUGCCGUCAAGAAGUUCACCAAGCUCGCCUGGCCCGAGCCGAAGCAGUUCGCUGAGGAGGCAUGGGGAGUGGGCAAGUUGAGGCACAAGAGGUUGGCCAAUUUGAUAGGUUACUGCUGUGAUGGGGACGAGAGGCUGCUCGUUGCUGAGUACAUGCCAAAUGACACCCUUGCUAAGCACUUGUUCCAUUGGGAGAACCAGACGAUUGAGUGGGCGAUGCGCUUAAGGGUCGCUCUGUAUAUUGCUGAAGCUUUAGAUUAUUGCAGUCGAGAAGGUCAUCCAUUAUAUCAUGACUUAAAUGCAUAUAGGGUUCUCUUUGACGAGAAUGGUGAUCCUCGGCUCUCGUGUUUUGGGUUGAUGAAAAAUAGCAGGGAUGGAAAAAGUUACAGCACUAAUCUUGCAUAUACACCUCCUGAGUAUCUAAGGAAUGGGAGAGUGACCCCAGAAAGUGUCGUCUUCAGCUUCGGGACAGUCCUUUUGGAUCUUCUGAGUGGAAAACACAUUCCUCCUAGUCAUGCUCUAGACAUGAUACGAGGCAAGAACAUCCUCCUAUUGAUGGAUUCCCAUUUGGAAGGAAACUUUUCAACUGAAGAGGCGACUGUUGUUCUCGAUCUUGCCUCACGAUGUUUGCAGGAUGAACCCAGGUCCCGCCCUAAUUCCAAAGACCUGGUUGCAACACUUGCUCCCCUUCAAAAUAAGCCCGAUGUUCCAUCUUAUGUGAUGCUUGGAAUUCCGAAACAUGAGGAAGCACCUCCUACUCCGCCACACCAGCUUUCUCCAAUGGGUGAUGCUUGCUCUCGGAUAGACCUCACAGCUAUUCAUGAAAUUCUGGUGAGAGCACAUUACAAAGACGAUGAAGGAACAAACGAGCUGUCUUUUCAAGAGUGGACCCAACAAAUAAGAGAUAUGUUAGAGUCAAGGAAGCGUGGAGAUCUGGCUUUUCGGGAUAAAGAUUUCAGGACUGCUAUAGACUGCUAUUCCCAGUUCAUCGAUGUGGGAACAAUGAUCUCCCCGACUGUAUUUGCACGAAGGAGUCUCUGCUAUAUGAUGUGCGAUCAACCAGAUGCGGCCCUCAGAGACGCGAUGCAAGCGCAGUGUGUGUAUCCUGACUGGUCCACAGCGUUUUACAUGCAAGCAGUUGCGCUCGCGAAGCUUGAUAUGCAGAAGGACGCUGGUGAUAUGUUGAGCGAGGCUGCGGCCUUGGAAGAGAAGAGGCAGAAAUGUGGGAAGUGAUGUUUGUACUAAAAGAAAAAGAGCAACAUGAGCAAUUGAUUCAUUUGUUUAUCUUUGUUUGUCUGGGCGGUUCAUCAGGUGAUGAUGAUGAUGUUAUUGUAACAAAGAAACAAUUGGGGGUGCUUUGCCUGAUUGAUGCCUUAAAUUUGGGCUGAACCACCUUCCUGGCCCAAAUCCUGUAUAGGCCCAACCAGGCCUCCUUUACUUUUGAA